AGUGCGGCUAAAGUUGCGGCGGCGGUUACGAAAUAGUUUAUUUUCGCGAUGCUACGAACGACCACUUCCCGGUUCGCUGUCUCGUUGCAGCAAGAAAUCCGCCCGCUAUUUGAUCUUCCGCACACGAGAAGCAUCUGGUCACAGAAAAGGGAUGGAAGACGGCCGCCGCACGAGCAAUGCCAAAGGCUACCGAAAAGGCGGUUGCUUUCAACCAGCCCAGCAUUGCGAUCCAUUUCGACGUACGGCGAGGGCACGGAAUCGAAGGAGGGUUUUCUGAAGCGAUUCAUAACCAAAAUGGGCUGGAUCGACAAUUCGGCGGUACGGUUGCGUGUGUCCAGCUGCCUACUGUACGAAUCCGUGGCGGAUAGCAUCGAUUACAGCGAGUUCUUCACGCGCUUCGAUAUGCCCGAUACGUUUAACACGUGGUUCUUGAUCACGGAACUGCACGUUUGGAUGCUGCUGGUCCGCUCGAUGGCCGAAGGUGCGGAAAAGGGAGCCGCUGGCCGGUUUCUGCGUAACUGUAUCGUUGAGACCAUGUGGAACGACGUAACGACACGCGCCAAGCAGCUAACGAUGGACAAUCCGUCCGUAGUACGGCCACAGAUUCAACAGCUCUCGGAACAGUUCCAGGCAGCGCUCAUCUCGUACGACGAGGGCCUCAGCUACGACGAUAAGGCGCUAGCGGCGGCUCUGUGGAGAAGGUUUCUGGGAGGUCGUUGCGAAGACUACCAACGACUCGAGCUGCUGGUCGAGUACGUCCGCAAGCAGGCUGCGAUGUUGGACCAGUUAAGUCGGUAUGAUUUUGCCAUCAAACCAAACAUAAAGUGGAAGCCACUGGUGGAUAAAAAAGACGUGGCUUGAUGCAGUUUUCCUGCCGGCUAGCUUGCAGCUCAAGCAGAUCAAGCUGCUAGGCUUUGUACCAGGUAAGUGGCCGCUUCUACGUAUGUACGAUUAACAAAUAUGCGCUUAAAGUCUGUAAAUCUGUUAGCCAUAGUUCAGUGAACGUCGAAUAAGCUGAGACCGCGUUAGUUGAGAGUAGGAAAACGAUCAUGGGAAUGAUAAAAUAAAUAAAUAAGCAUAACGAAAC